AUGUUCGACGUUUUCUUCAACGACUUCAAUGCAGUGCCUGAUAUUGUAGUAGCAGGUGCCGGCAUAUAUGAGGCAUCGACCGCAGGCUUUUGGAACGACGCGGACCGCGGGUCGGGCUAUAAGCUACUGGACAUCAACCUGACUCACCCGAUCAAGACAACAAGAAUCGCGAUUCGACACUUACGCCAGGCCGGCAAACCUGGUAUGAUCCUACAUAUAUCCAGUAUCACUGCACAGAAACCUUCGGCUGUCCUUCCUCUCUAUUCUGUCUCAAAGGCAGCCAUUAGCCAAUUCGUGAGAUGCAUGGCUCCAUUGGAAAGCUUAUGCGGGAUUCGGGUUGUUGCUGUCGCUCCUGGAGUCGUUGACACUCCAUUAUUUCGUGACAGUCCGGGCGCCUUGGCUCACAUAGAUAUGGAGAAGGACUUUGUCCUACCGCGCAGUGAGAUCGUAAGAGCGAUGGUAGCAUUGAUCAGAGAUGCCACAUAUCCUUCAGGGACUAUCCUGGAGGUAGGUGACAUCGGACUCUGGCGACCGGUCGAGAUACUCAAUGAUAGUGGACCUCAAGGCCGGUCCACAUUGCCUAGACAAAAAGCGAAAAAGGCUAUACAGCUCGUUGAGGCUCAUUUGAAAGAAGAUGCCGAGGGUCGUGGUCGGCCUGGCCCUGCCAAACUGUAA